GCGGAAAGGGCGGGAGGGCCCGGGAGCCUGGCGGGCGGUAACGGGGGUGCGGAAAAGCCGAGGAGGGGACUCGGGCCAGGGACUCGGUUGGGGACCGGAGACCGACGGGAACAGCGGCCCGGGACCCGCGCUGCUCCCACCGUUCCCGAGCAGGCGCCCCCAUGGCCCGACCCCGCUGAUUCCUUCACUCGGCCAUGCUCCCGCGGCCCCUGCGGCUGCUUUGGGACGCGAGUCCCCCCGGGGGAGUCGUGCUGAGCAGCUUCCGGAGCCGAGACCCCGAAGAGGGUGGGGGCCCAGGUGGCCGGGGCGUGGGCGGGGGGCAGGAGGAAGAGGAGGAGGAGGAAGAAGACGAGGCCCCUGUGUCUGUCUGGGAUGAGGAGGAGGAUGGUGCCACCUUUACUGUCACAAGCCGCCAGUAUCGGCCUCUUGAUCCCUUGGCCCCAACGCCUCCCCCUCGGUCCUCCAGAAGGCUCCGAGCUGGCACUCUGGAGGCCCUGGUCAGACACCUGCUGGAUGCCCGGACAUCAGGGGCUGACGUCACCUUCACACCAGCUUUCCUGGCCACCCACAGGGCCUUCACUUCCACCCCUGCCCUGCUAGGGCUUGUGGCUGACAGGCUGGAAGCCCUCGAAUCUCAUCCUACUGAUGAACUAGAGAGGACAAUAGGGGUAGCCACCUCUGUACUGUCAACCUGGCUGGCCUCUCACCCUGAGGAUUUUGGCUCUGAGGUCAAGGGCCAGCUUGACCGGCUUGAGAGCUUCUUGCUUCGGACAGGGUAUGCAGCAGGGGAGGGUGUUGGGGGGGGCAGCGCUGACCUCAUCCGCAACCUCCGGUUCCGGGUGGACCCCCAGGCCCCCGACCUUCCUAAGCCCCUGGCCCUCCCCGGCGAUCCCCCUGCUGACCCCACGGAUGUCCUGGUGUUCCUCGCUGACCACUUGGCCGAACAGCUGACCCUGCUAGAUGCGGAGCUGUUUCUCCAUCUGGUCCCCUCUCAGUGCCUGGGAAGCCUGUGGGGUCACAGAGACCGGCCGGGACAUUCCCACCUCUGCCCAUCUGUCCGAGCUACUGUCACACAGUUCAACAAGGUGGCAGGGGCAGUGGUCAGCUCUGUCCUGGGAGCUACUUCAGCUGGAGAGGGGCCCGGGGAGGUGACCAUUCGGCCACUGCGUCCUCCGCAGAGGGCCCGGCUCCUGGAAAAGUGGAUCCGCGUGGCAGAGGAGUGUCGUCUGCUCCGAAACUUCUCUUCGGUUUAUGCUGUGGUGUCGGCCCUGCAGUCCAGCCCCAUCCACAGGCUUCGAGCAGCCUGGGGGGAAGCCACCAGGGACAGCCUCCGAGUCUUCUCCAGCCUCUGCCAGAUCUUCUCCGAGGAGGAUAAUUAUUCCCAGAGCCGGGAGCUCCUCUUGCAACAGGAGGUGAAGCUGCAGCCCUCUCUGGAGUCAAAUUCCAAGAAGGCUCCGAGGUCUGGCUCUGGCUCUGGCUCCCGGGGUGGGGGCGUGGUCCCGUAUCUUGGCACCUUCCUGAAGGACCUCGUGAUGCUGGACGCAGCCUCCAAGGAUGAGCUGGAGAACGGAUACAUCAAUUUUGACAAGCGGAGGAAGGAGUUUGCUGUCCUUUCUGAGCUGCGGCGGCUCCAGAACGAAUGUCGUGGCUAUGACCUCCGACCUGACCCUGAUAUCCAGCAGUGGCUGCGAGGGCUUCGGCCACUGACAGAGGCCCAGAGCCAUCGAGUGUCCUGUGAGGUGGAGCCACCUGGUACCAGUGACCCUCCUGCCCCGAGGGUGCUUCGGCCAACACUGGUCAUCUCGCAAUGGACAGAGGUCCUGGGCUCUGUCGGGGGACCCACCCCCCUUGUCUCCUGGGACCGGCCCAGUGUGGGGGGAGAGGAGGUACCUGGAACCCCUGCUCCUCUGUUGACCAGGCUGGCCCAGCACAUGAAGUGGCCGUCUGUCUCAUCUCUGGACUCUGCCCUGGAAAGCACUCCAUACCUGCACAGUCUGGCGGACCCCAGCCACCUCUCUCCCCCAGCCUCCUCUCCUAGGCCUUCUCGAGGUCACCGCCGUUCCGCCUCCUGUGGCUCCCCACUCAGUGGGGGUGCAGAAGGGGCCUCCAAGGGGACUGAAUACAGAGGUGGGGGAUCUGGGCCAGGGGCCUCUGAUUGCCGAAUCAUCCGAGUCCAGAUGGAGCUGGGGGAAGAUGGCAGUGUCUACAAGAGCAUCUUGGUGACAAGCCAAGACAAGGCUCCAAGUGUCAUCAGUCGUGUCCUUAAGAAAAACAAUCGCGACUCUGCGGUGGCUUCGGAAUAUGAGCUAGUGCAACUGCUACCAGGGGAGCGAGAGCUGACCAUCCCACCCUCGGCUAAUGUUUUCUAUGCUAUGGAUGGAGCGUCACACGAUUUCCUCCUACGGCAGCGGCGAAGGCCCUCUACUGCUACACUGGGUCUCACCAGCAGCCCCUCAGCCUCAGGAACUCCCCCAAGUGAGGGAGGAGGGGGUUCUUUUCCCAGGAUCAAGGCCACAGGGAGGAAGAUUGCCCGGGCACUGUUUUGAGGAAGAAACCCUACGAGCUCAAUAGAAUUCAUGGUGGCCACACCAAUGUAGGUCGCCAUCCUGAGUGGUGGCAGUCAUGUUGCACCGGGAAGAAAUCCAGAACGGUGGCCAACCACCCUGGGGCAGUGAAGUGCCACUGGUUUAACCACAAAGCUGAGAGAUUCAGCUUUGUGAGAACUGGUUAUCUUGGUAACCAAGUUGGGAUACCUGUGUAUAGCUCCCUACUUUCCAUGAAUGCAGCACAUGGCCAGUACUGGAAAAAAGGAUCAGUUCCUGGUUCCUGGCCACAGCCUAGCAUUCUAAGGCCAGAGAGGCCUACAAGGAGGAGGGAGAGGAAAAGCCUAGAGGCUCUGAGCCCUGGGGAGAGGGGAUGGCAAGAAGUAGGAUCUAGUAGGAGUUUAUUUGCCUACUCUGGGGGUUCCUGUCACUGUGACAACACUAAAGAUAAUAAAUCAAAACACUACCUACAUUCUA